UUGAGGCUGUGUGUAGGAGCGUUACCACACUGGAACCGCCUUUCUUUGUCGGAAGGGUUGGCGUGGAGCGUCUGUUAGUGUAACUAGUAGGUCUGUUAUUAAGGUUAGUUGGUCUGCCGCGUUCAAUAUCCGUGUAUGCGCUGCUGUGGCGGUAACGGUCAGUAGCCCGUCGCCGGCGUUAGUCACAGCAACAUACUAUCCGCAUGAGCCGACGCAAACAUGUUCCAGACAACACGUGCGGAUCUCGGCGCCGACAACAUCUCAGAAGACGAGGAAGCAUCUUUGGUGAAGGAGCGCGACCGGACUUUGCGCACAGCACUGGACCAGAUCCAGCAACGGAGACGUGCGCCUCCUCCAAACCCCCCCAAUCUGCCUUCUAUCGUAGGAGUAGUAGAACACCAGUUUAAGGAUUGCGGGGAUGGCGGCGAUGCCGUUGAGGCCACAGUAGACAGUGAAACUGCGACUCCUAUGAAGCCAUCUCCAUCCCAGGAUCCACUGGUGGCUCUACGGCAACGGGAGUGGCUGCGCAACCUUCAAGAGCAACAGGAGCUUCAAAGUCUUAAGGUUGCUUCAUUCUCACCUUUGAAACAGGACUUGACUCUGAAGGAGAAGGAGGAACAGUUGCUGUUCAAUGGUGAAGUACCCCCCCUGUUGCCAGUACAGUCUUCCGCACCGGCAACAUGCACCACAACAACCGUGUCCUCAACCUCAUCUACCUCGACACCGUGUUCCAUCACCACGUCAUCACAUUCCAAAUGCACCACCACCUCUUCUACCAUGGGCUCCAUGAACUCUAUGCGUGCUAGAGCCAGCAGAGCAUCUUCGGGGAGUAGGGGUCGGGGCAGCAGUCGCUCCAGGCCACCAAGUGUUCACCACAAUAGCCGGGGCGGGCCCUUGCAUCGCAGGGGACAGCACGGUGGCCGUUGGGGUCAAGAAUGCCGGGCCAAGGAGAUUUCCAUGCCUCAGGGUAGAGAAAAUACUACACCUAAAGGCAGAGAAGAUGCCACGCCUCAGGGCAGAGAAAAUGCCACGCCUCAGGGCAGAGAGAAGCCUGUGCAACAAACUGGGCAGGCCAGCAAUGAACGAGGACAUGCCAACAGCCCACAGAAGACGACAGAGCUUGCAAGCUGGCAGAAAAAGGCGACGCCAGUGUCAGUUGAGGACGAGGCAGCCAUGCUAGCGCAGGCGAUUGAGCUCAGCCACCUGGACAGCGCUGCCGAUAGCAAAUUGGAAGAGGAGCAGCUACGCAUUGUCCUGGAGCAGUCUCGGCAGGAGACACAAAGAAGAAUAGGAGGAGGAGGCAAUCACAGGCGUGGGGCAUCACGUUCUGGCCGCCGAGGUUGGGGAGGCCCCGGAAGAGGGGGAGGAACUGCCGAGAGUUGCCCGCAGGCUUCACCCCCGCCACAUCUGGCAGGGCCCCCAAACCGCCGCAAUGGCUUCACCAUCGUGGGCAGCAUAGAUGCCGGUCCCCUCACCUCCGGAGCCAAGCUUUCUCCUCCUUCACUGCACCAAGUUCCACCUCAUCCUCCUAAGCCUCCACUUUUGCCUCCUCCUCCUCCUCCUCACCAGCCACUUCCUUCCCCUCCGUCAUCUACUAGUGCAGAGCCUGCCGUGUCGUUCGACCAGUGGCUGUCUCUGUGCAGCCGCUACAUGCCCCUUCUGGCGCAAAGCAUGGUGGAGCUUCAACGCACGUGUGCCACGAUGCGUUCUGUGGCUCCAUCUCUCGAAGGGUCGCCCCUGUUGCUGCCACCCCCACUUUGGUCACCCCACUUUCCUCCACCAGCUGCACAGUCACCUCUGUCACCCAUGCCCCCUCCUCCUCCCUUAAAUCCACCCAUGAAUCCACCCUUGAAAUCUCCCAUGACCUCAUCCACGACCUCACCCAUGGGCCUGCCUCCUUCCAUAGGCCCUUCUCAUGUGGCCCCACUUGAGGGGGGUCUGCUCAGUGCUGUUGCUGCCUCAACCUUCCAAUGCCUUACCCCGCCAGUACGAACACCAAGGCCGGUCCGUGGUGCUGGCCACAGUGCUGGCUUGCAGCAGAAAAAUUUGCAACACGAUCACCAACAGAUGCCAGCUGCACAUUUCGAUGACAAGAGGCAGCAGCACUCCAAUGAACAGAUCCACGUUGGAGAGCAGGCUUCAGGCGAUGCGGGUCAUCGUCUGCACCAUAAAAAUGCGCAGCACCAUCCGCAUCAACCACCUCCUCCAGCAGCUGCUAAUGCUGGCAGAAAGCAGCCACACACUGAACUGGUACAGGGCGCCAAACAAAGUUCUGACGACGCUGGGCGUCGCCAGCAUCAGAAACCCGCGCAACAGCAGCCCCAGCAGCCCCCAGCCAUCAAUACGGUCAAUAAGUUGCACACGUCUGAACAACCACAUGCCCCUUCUCGAGGCAAGGCUCGCAUGAAGAAGAGGAAAGGAGGCAAGCCGACUUGCUCUUAACUUCCGUAUUGCGAUCUGAGUGAACGCCUUCCAUAACGUCCAAAUGAAAUCCUGGGUGGCUAGUAGUCAGCUGGCCGGAUAUAUUGUCUGCAGAAGCUUCAGUGCGGCGACUGAGCCUCAUAGCAACAAUUUUGCUUUACUGUGGCAUGGUGCCUUAUUAAUAUAUUAGUGAAAUUUCGCCUGUUUGGUUUAAGACCAAGAUUGUGGUCUGCAGUGUGUAUAAAUGAAAAAUAAAUGAUUUAUUCAUCUUAUUCAAACAGCCAA